AUGAGUCUCAUUAACAUUCAGUCUGCCGGCCAAUGGCAAGGCAUCCUUAGCAGCACCAAUGUCGUCAUUGCCGACUUCUACGCCGACUGGUGCGGCCCCUGCAAGAUGAUCGCUCCGCACUUCGAACGCCUCGCGAAGGAGUACUCCAAGCCGAACAAGGUCGCCUUCUGCAAGAUCAACGUCGACAACCAAUCCGGCAUCGCCCGCACCCAUGGCGUCAGCGCCAUGCCUACCUUCAUCGUCUUCCACGGCGGCCAGGCUGUCGAGACCAUCAAGGGCGCGAACCCGCCUGCCCUGACGCAGGCCAUCCAGAAUGCCCUUAAGCUCCCCGACAAGAGCGGCCGCUCCGCUGCUACCUUUACCACCCCCGGCCGGACCCUCGGCGGCGACAAACCCGCCCGCGCGAGCCUACAGCGUCCUGUACAGUGGCAGCUCCGCAGCAUUCUGAGCAAUAUCAUCACCUUCAUCGGGUUGUAUCUCGUCUCUCUGUUCUCGGUGCGUUGGUUCAUGGGCGAUACGGCGAAUGGCAAGAAGAACCGCUUGCUGACGGACUGGUAG